GAGUGAGAGAGAGGGAGGGAAGGAGCGAGAGAGGGAGGAUGAUGAUGAUGCUGCCGGUGGAAAAUGGCUGCUGCAUCCUCGAGCCCAUCCGAAACCGUGUGAAGGUGGACGGAGAAAGAUAAGAAAAUGAGAACGGCGAGCUCAAGGAGCGAACGAGAGACUGCGUGCGUGCGUAUGUGAGCGAGAGCGCGUGUGUGUGCGUGCGCGAGAGCGUGUGUGAGUGUGUGUGUCUGCGUGUAUGAGUGUGAGAACGCGCGCGCGCGCGUAUGUGUGUUCCGUAAGAAGGGAAAUAAAAAAGACGAGAGACCGGGGGGCAGCCAGCUCGAAGCGGCGGGCAACACCGAGCCAUGGAGGGCGAUGUACGUGUCCGAGCAGUGGUGAUGACACGUGACGAUUCAAGCGGUGGCUGGGUGCCCCUUGGAGGAGGCGGCCUUAGUCAUGUGGUUAUUUGUAAGGGGCGGAGUUCUGAAGGUCGUGGGCGGAGAGAGUAUGUCAUACGUGGAGAACGGCUACGCGAUCGAGCACCUGUGCUGGAAUGCGCCAUUCAAAAGGGUCUGGUCUACAACAAGGUGAACCCCAUCUUCCAUCACUGGCGUGUGGAGGAGAGGAAGUUUGGCCUGACCUUCCAGAGUCCAGCUGAUGCCAUCUCCUUCGAGAAGGGGCUUCAAAGUGUCCUUGAGAAGCUGGACAGAGGAUCUGACUCGCCAUCCUCUUCGACACCUGAAGAGGGCGACACUGAGGAUGACGGUCAAGCAUCUCAUACAGGAAGUGAGUCGUCAUCCAACAGCAGAAAAGAGAUGUUGCCUAAACCCAUUACCAUAGUGACCAGUGAGUCGUCCUCCACCUGUUUUGUGCGCUCCACAGAGGAGUUUGCGUACGGGGCAGCGCACGCCGUCACGACGCAGACCCCAGCCCAGAUCCACACCCGACCAACCCAGCACCAGCUCACCCAAGUUACGGCCGUGCUGAACCCUCCGGCACCUCCUCCGCCACCUCCGGCUCCACCGACUCCUCCCAUAGCGCCCCCUGCUGCUUCUUCCCUCUCUCCACUUUCACCCACCAUCUCCCUGUUGGAAGAAGGGGACCUUCGCAGCCUGGACCCCUGCAAAGACCUGUGGGGAACGCGCGGCUACGAGGACUACCGACGCGCCGGUGCCGCACGGACCAAGGUGGGAGGGCUUACCGGAGGCGUAGUCGUGGGAGGCGGACCGGAUAAGACCGAGCUUUGCGUAGUCCGCUUCGAGAAAGAACUGGCUGGCGUGGGCAACACAGGCUGCGAGGUCACCGUCAUGCUGGACACCAAAGGCACUCAGCAUCACUCCUCGCCCACUUGCAUGCCCAACGCCGUGCCGGGGGUGCCAUCUGCCGGCGGCUCCCCACAGGAGACAGGCAAAGGGUCGCCAUCUCCCUGCUGCAUCCACACCUCACUCGCCACUCCCCGUUCUCGGACUCGCAAGCGAGGGGGCGGCGGCGGGGAGGCCAUCUCUCCCGACGACGACAGCUCCUGCCCACAGGGCUCCUCCUCCUGCUCGUCGCGCUGCGUGUACUGCCGUUCUGUUUUCAGCGCCUCCGAGAACGGACGGGGCCGCUGCCGGGAUGCUCCUGACCCGGCGCUACACUGCCUGCGCCAGUGGACGUGCGUGUGGUGCGCAGAGAGCCUGCUCUACCAUUGCAUGUCGGACUCCGAGGGCGAGUUCUGGGAGCCGUGCUCGUGCGAGGACUCGUUGGGCGGGCGGCCGCACCCGCUGUGCUGCGCUCGCUGGAUGGCGCUGCUGGCGCUGUCUCUUUUCGUGCCCUGCAUGUGCUGCUACCUGCCCCUGCGCGCAUGCCUGCGCUGUGGGGAGAGAUGCGGCUGCUGCGGAGGAAAGCACAAGGCCGUGCGAUGAGGCCUGACAGGGGGGAGGGAUGUGGGGGGAGGGUUUGGGAUGCGGCCGGGGAGGGCGGGGCUUAUUGUGACAGGAAAGGGAGCACAAAGACUUUGUCGUCAUUGGGGAAACAGCCGUAGAGCCGGAUCUCCUACAUAAACCUUCACGAUAAAAAUCCCUCCCUCACCCCAUCCCCCCUCAAGGUCGUCUGCUGCAUUCCGCUCUUUCUAUUCUUUACUUGGACCCUUAAUGGUUGUACCAAUGUUGAGUGCAUGGGCAGCGUGUCACCGCACGGUUCAGGCAGACAGGCAGAGGAGAUUACUCCGGGGUCUGAGCUCACUGAUUGCCUGGUUUUCGGGGUCAUCUCUGGGAGGUGGGGAGUGAAUGGGGAUCAGUGACGUGUAAACUGUUUCAAUUGUUAGUUUUCUUUUUUUAUUUACGGAGAACAUAAGAGAUGAAAAAACAGAUGAUGUUUAUAGGUAUGGUUAUCAGACCUUUUACGAGUAUCUUAUUUUACUUGAAAUAUGGAAAGAUUUUCAAUAUUUUUUUGAAUCAAUUCCCCUUUUACCUCUAAUUUACUGAGUUUUACCUCAAUGUCCUAAGGAGAGAGAAAGAGACACUUAUUUCGGGGACUGUAUGCUGUGGUGAGGUUUUGUAAUAUGGUCUUCACUGUAGGUUUUUCCAAGCAUGUUCAGCAAGAAAACAUCUCGUGAAGGAGAUUACGAUGUCGUUUGAGUUUUUAAGAGAACGUGAACGGAUCCCGUGCAGUCAAAGGUCACUUUCACCAAAACCACUUUCACCACACGCAGACACAUACAUACUCGCAUUCCUCCGUCAAGAAUCUAGCUGCAUUUAACUCGCCAACAACCAAGAAUGUUGCCUAUAUUUCAAGUGUAGACCAAAAAAGUGAAAAGAUAAUCUAGACCAGAAUCUGCCGAACAUUUGCUUAGCGAAUGUAAACCGAGGCCUUGAAUUGUAGUUGUAGAUACCACCAAAAAUACAGUGCAAUGUGUGUAACACAACACUUUACCUGAACGGCAACAAGAAAAGUACUGUUAUAGCUUACGCUGCAUCUCAAAUUUGCUUUUGGGCUCUGAAGAGUUUUUCUCUAACCAGACGCGGAACCCUUCAGUUGGGGAACACUGUAAAAAAUUUGCUGAAGUUAUGCAACUGUUUCCCAGUAAGUUGCUGUAGAUCUUAAUUGGUUUUAUUUACUGGCAACAGUUCGUUCAAAGUUAAACUAACAUUCAACAUUAACAGAAUAAAUCUUUAAAAUAACAGCCUCGUGCAAAGCAUUCUGGGAACCAAAAAUCCUCCUCAACCUUUUUUUUUGUUUAAUUUCCUUCAGAUUUUGUUUCCCAGAAUGCUUUGCACGAGGCUGUUAUUUGCAGGGCUGUUUUAGUUAUUUAAUUUCUUCUGUACAGAUAAAGACUUGUUAAUGUUUAAUGUUUAUUUAAAGGGGAACUAUCAUGAAAAUCUGACUUUUUCUAUGUUUAGGUGCUAUAAUUGGGUCUCCAGUGCUUCUGUUAACCUAGAAAGUGUGAAGAAGAUCAAUCCAGUAACUUAGUUUGGGUAAACCAUUCUCUGCAAGCAUGUAAAAAAAGGUCAUUGAAAUUUGGCUCCCCUUGUGAUGUCAGAAGGGGAUAAUUCCACCCCUUAAUCCGCACUAUCCAACAAAGGCACUGCAGAGAUUAGCUCAUUUGCAUUCAAAAGGACACACCCAAAAACGGCACAUUUUUUAUAACAUAUUAUGUUAUAAUAAAUUAUCUAUGGGGUGAGCUAGAACUUUACAUACGUACUCUGGGGGCACCAAAUAUUUUAUUUACAUUUUUUUAAAUCUUGUGAAAUAUCCCCUUUAACUUUGAACAAACUGUUGCCAGUGAAUAACAUACAUUUAAAUCUACAGAAAGUUACUGGCAAACAGCUGCCAGUAAUACAGUCAUUUCUACAGACAUUUUUAAUAGUGUAGCCCUACCCACAGAGAAAUCUCAUUGGUCAAAAAAUACCACACUAUAGCUGUAUAAUUAAAAUGAAUUAUAUUAUGUUUGUAAGUAAUUUGGAUGCACUUUUUUACUUAUAUUGUGGAUUUUGUAAUGCUGAAAACUUUUGCAUCUGGUAAAAUCACAAUGAAGAAUACCGAAAAUUUAUACCAAUCAGUUUGGACCUAAAACAUUGCUUUAAAAUAUCUCAAAGCUGCUAUAUUGAAUCCCUUAAACUUAUCUUACCUCUGCUGCUACAGUAAUAAUAUGUAAACAAGCAUCGGACGCAGCCCUAAAGUCAAUCUGAUUUACAAAGACUCGCCACUAAAUCACGUCAGAUGAAAAAUAUCCUUGAUGGAUGGAGAAGAACUUUAAUGUCCUUCGCAAUUUACUCUGUCAAGGAGUGUCGAGUUACAUAGGAAUCAGUGCUGUAAUAAAUGCAGAUCAAGCGGCCAUUGGAGCAUUGCACAUCAUAGUCCAACUUUCAUUAAAGUCCAUUUUCAAAGACACAGUCUUACACACAGUCACAUCCUCUCAGCAGAAUUAUAUACAUGAGUAGAGAUAUCCACAAAAAGACCCAAAAAUAGCACUGGAAAACAGAGAUCUUUAAGAGAUGAGACCAACCUUGAAGGCCCUAGUCAUACAUCCUAUUAAUAAAUGUGCCUUUUGAUUUAUUUAACCAAUAACUUAUCAUUUUAGUAAUGACGUACCUAAAUACUCAUUUUCUUUUCGGGUUGUUUAUUUCUGCCAAUGUGCAUAUUUUAAUAUGUAUGUAUCUAUUAGUUUGAAAAAGUAAUCAAUGGAAAAUAUUACCUGUUUAUAUAUUUAUUGAGAUAUUUAUUCUAAUUCUUUAUUUAUUUUUGGAGACGGGUUUUUAUUUUCUGUGCUGUCUAACUUCUCUGACUUUGUGCCAAUUUGCUGCUUUG